AUGAGUACAAGUACUGAAAAUAUCAACAGCACUGUUGAAUUAACGAAAUCGAAUAUACGUCUUACUGACAGUCAAGAAAGGACAUGGCGAGAGAAAUCGAAGCAUGUGUUGAAGGACAUCAAGUAUUGUAUACGCGAAACAACAGUUGAGCCAUGUUUGUUUACUUUCAUGUUGUGUACAGCCUUAUCGUCGCUUGCUGUACAAAAUAUGCAUUUGGAGAAAUCAUGCAGAGUUAAUUUACAAUAUAGCGACGAGAUAUGUGAUCGGAUCAGAGAUCGGAAUACGACGGGACUCGAAAAGGAAUUAAAUAAUGUUCAGUCAUUGGUAGCUAAAGUAGUUGCCUGGAAAUUUCCCUUACAAACAGCAAUACCCGCUAUAAUGGUACUUUUUAUUGGAGCAUGGAGUGAUAAAACCAAAAAACGAAAAAUAUGCAUAUUAUUUCCUUUCACCGGAGAGAUUAUUGCAAAUAUUGGCCUUUUAUUUGCUACAUAUUAUUUCAACGAAUUGUCGUUAACAGCAACUGCGCUAAUUGAAGCAUUGCCGGCAGCGUUCACUGGUAGCUACAUCAUUAUAUUUAUGGGCAUGUACAGUUUUAUGGCUGAUAGAACAACAAUAGAAAACAGGACAUUUCGAUUAGGUAUAGUUACAAUAUGUGUUAACUUGGGAACUCCUACAGGAACAGCAUUGAGUGGUAUCUUACUGCGAGUGUUGGGAUAUUACGGCAUGUUUUCUCUGUUGUUAGUGCUACAUACUUUUUCUUUUUUGUAUGGUGUGUUUAAACUUGAAGAUAUAUUACCACCAGAAGAAAAGUUCAAUGUUAUUAGUGAUUACAGUGAAAAUAAUAAAUUUAAGAAAAAGUUAAAGGAAAUUUUUAAACUCGUAGCAGAAACGGCAAUGGUAGCGAUCAGACCUCGGGAAUUUGGUUUGAGAAAGCAAAUAUUUUCAAUAAUUUUACUGUAUAUUAUCAUGGUGGGGCCUCUGUAUGGUGACUCGCAAGUCAGUUAUUUGUAUGCGAUACGUAAGUUCAACUUAAACGAAGUGGAAUUCAGUAUUUAUGGUGCCAUUAACACUAUUUUAGGUUUGAUAGGAACUUUCUUUUGCAUAACAGUCUUAAGUAAAAAAUUGGACGUCCAAGAUAGUAUAAUUGGAAUUUUGGCUGGUGUCAGCAGAAUAGCAUCUUGCAUGGUGUUCGCCUUUGCUCCUAAUAGGAACUGGUAUUAUUCAGCGCCACUUUUUAACAUAUUCAGUCAUACCGGAUUGACUGCUAUAAGAGCUAUUGCUACGAAAAGUGUUCCUACGGAGGAAAUUGCCAAAUUAAGCUCGUUAAUGGGUGUCACAGAAGCUAUAGCGCCGUCUAUAUACAUGCCUACAUCGAGUUUCAUUUACGUAUCAACAAUAGAGACCUUCCCCGGAGCAUUUUAUUUGUUCGAUGCAGCCCUCACCGUACUUGCAUUGGGAUUAUUCACAUUAAUUUACAUUUUGGUAAGGCGAAGGAAGGAAGUAACUGUUACAAAUCCUGGCCGAAAAGAAGAAUUUGCGAGAACGAAUGAAGUUUCGAAGUUUUAG